UUUGAACUAAGCCGCAUCCAAUGGAGACAAAUAUAAACAUGGGUGUGAAAUAAAAUAUUAAAUAUUUGCAGGAAUAAUUACCUCGUCGGCAAAGCAAGUGUUCCUCUCACUGAAAUCCAUAUGAAGCAAAUUGUCUUGGGAAUGAAUUUCACGCUCGGAUAGUGACAUAGAUGCACCACCAGUAUCAGUAUCUAUGUUAAAUACUGAGGAUAGAUUUGUACGUCUCCUAUUCAUCUUUUUGGAUCGGUAGAAACACCUUUUUUAUCGUAUUUUUAUCACAAAAUUUUCACUGGAAAAAGCGAAUGGGUUUUGUUUUUUUCACUCGCGCACAGCUGACUGCGAUUUGACAGUUGAAUUCCGAUACCCGUCACAGUUGGCGCUGUUCGCACUGACGGUACGGUACAAGUUCUCCCCUCCACUUUCUCCAAUUCUCCAACUCCAGUUUAGUCAGUUCAAUUUUUGUAGCGCAUUUGAACUGAAGUGGUUUGAUAUUUAAUCAAAAUUUGCUGAUUAGAGUGUGUUUUAUUGAGUGACCAGUGGGUUCAAUUGAUUCCUCAACACGUGCACUUUGAGAUAGUUAAGUGAUUGGAGUAUUGCAAUAAAUAUGGAAGAUGAUUAUCAGGCCAAGAGAUUUGCAUUUGACUACGAUAUGGAAGUCGAUCCGCUCUAUGCAACAAAGAUUGGGAGCAGUGAUUCAUCGAAUUUGCCAAUUGGUGCCGGUCAUACAAACAAGCAGGAUGGCAUUCAUGGAAAUUUGCCCAAUGAGAUAUCAGCCCCUUACGAAGUACCCCAGUUUCCCAUUGAACAGAUUGAAAAGAAGCUGCAAAUUCAGCGACAUAUUAAUGUUAUGGCCAUGGAGGAUAAGCAUAGUGUCCCAUCGGAGGUCACCACAAAGAGAGAAUCAUGCCAAACUGUCACGGACAGUGCAGCUGAUUUAGUAACAAAUUUUCAACGAGUCUCAAUUUCUGGUGAGGACACCAGUGGUGUUCCGCUGGAAGAUCUCGAGCAUGCAUCCAAGCUGAUCAUUGAGGCCAUCAAUAUGAGGCAGAGAUACAUGAAUUGGUCCAAUCAAGCCUUUCCAGUGACUCUGUCGAGUUAUUGCGAAACUAAGGGACACCUUGUGCUCCACGAAGAAAGGAAGACAAUUGCAGAUCAUCCAGUUCACGCAAUACCCUCUUCUGAUCCCUGGGCCAUUGAGGUGCCACCGGCCAAGGGGUACACCAUUAAGGCUGUCAAUGGAGUAUUUAAUCUCUUUCGUGAUCCCGAAUGCACCCAGAAUCUUGACUAUGUCUACCCUAAACUACCCGAAUUCAUUCAGGAUAUGCAGACAAUGUGUGCCAUGAUCGCCGAUGGACCUCUCAAAUCAUUUUGCUAUCGUCGAUUGAGCUAUCUCUACUCUAAAUUUCAGCUUCAUGUGCUCUUGAAUGAGCUGAGAGAGCUGGCCUCCCAGAAAGCUGUUCCCCAUCGAGAUUUCUAUAAUAUAAGAAAAGUCGAUACUCAUAUCCAUGCUGCUUCGUGCAUGAACCAAAAGCAUCUGCUGCGUUUUAUCAAGAAGACCCUCAAGACCAAUGCCGAUGAGGUCGUAACCGUGACAAAGGGUCAACCGAUGACACUGCAACAGGUGUUCCAGUCAAUGAAUCUGACCACUUACGAUCUCACUGUGGACAUGCUGGAUGUCCAUGCGGAUCGCAAUACUUUCCAUCGUUUUGAUAAAUUUAAUGCCAAAUACAAUCCCAUCGGCGAGUCAAGAUUGCGCGAAGUGUUUCUCAAAACGGACAACUAUCUCAAUGGCAAGUACUUUGCGCAGAUCAUUAAGGAAGUGGCUAGUGAUUUGGAAGAAUCAAAGUAUCAAAAUGCUGAGUUGAGAUUGUCAAUUUAUGGAAAGUCUAGGGAUGAAUGGGAUAAAUUGGCAAAAUGGGCCAUCAAUUCGAAUGUUUAUUCGGACAAUAUUCGCUGGCUCAUUCAGAUUCCCAGACUUUUUGACAUCUUCAAGACAAACAAACUGAUGACGUCAUUCCAGGAGAUUCUCGACAAUAUUUAUGCACCUUUGUUUGAGGUGACCAAUAACCCUGAGGAUCAUCCAGAACUCCAUAAAUUCCUGCAGUAUGUGAUUGGGUUUGACUCAGUAGAUGAUGAGUCAAAGCCAGAGAAUCCUCUUCUGGAUUAUGACAUCCCAGAACCUGAGCAGUGGAAUGAUGAGGAUAAUCCUCCUUAUGCUUACUACCUGUACUACAUGUAUGCCAAUAUGACCGUGCUGAAUCACUUCAGAAGAGAGCAAGGGCUGAAUACAUUUGUCCUGAGACCCCAUUGCGGUGAAGCAGGACCAGUUCAGCAUUUGGUCUGUGGCUUCAUGAUGGCUGAAAAUAUUUCCCAUGGAUUGCUGCUGAGAAAAGUUCCUGUCUUGCAGUAUCUGUACUAUCUGGCUCAGAUUGGCAUUGCCAUGUCUCCUCUAUCCAAUAAUUCCCUCUUCCUCAACUAUCACCGCAAUCCUCUGCCUGAGUACCUGGCCCGUGGACUCUGUGUCUCCCUCAGUACGGACGAUCCUCUGCAGUUUCACUUCACCAAGGAACCUCUCAUGGAGGAGUACAGCAUUGCAGCUCAAGUGUGGAAGUUGAGCUCGUGUGACAUGAGUGAAUUGGCGAGGAAUAGUGUGUCCAUGAGUGGCUUCCCGCAUAAGAUGAAGCAACACUGGCUGGGACCUAAUUAUACCCAGGAGGGAGUUGCUGGAAAUGAUGUCACACGAACCAAUGUUCCGGACAUUCGUGUGGCUUUCCGCUAUGAAACUCUCACUGAUGAACUUAAGAAUAUCUUUAAUACCAGCAAGAGCAAGAGGCAGUAAGAAUCCCUCGAUAUAUAAAGUAAUAUAUUUGUUAUCCCUAAUACAGCUGCCUUUUGACACUUCCCCAAGAGCUAUUCUCCAAAUCUCUCUAUAAUCCUGGGCCCAGGGAUGUUUUUUUUUCAAAAAAAAUAUUUGCACGAAAUUCCAGAGACUCUGGAGGAUCAGAUGCAAAAAUAAAAAAAAAAACAAUUUCUGGGCCCUGAAUACCUACCUUAAAUAUUAUCAUAUAUAUCUGUGUUGUGCUACUUAGCUAUUUGGGGGAGGUAGGACACUAAAUACAAGAAAAUCCUAGGGCACAUUAUUAAUCAAUUAUAAUCCCUUGUUACACUGUUGUUAGAAAUUGUAUUUAAACUAGAUGAGAAGAAAAUGUUUACACACACCCAAACUUUGAAUAAAGAUGUGGCAAAUAAA